AUGGCGUCUUUUGAGCGUUUCGACGACAUGUGCGACUCUAAAUUAAAGCCUAAGAUUCUCAGAAACAUCCUCUCCGAUUACAUUCCAAACGAGAAACAGCCUCUCGUCAACUUUGCAUCACUCUCCAAAGUUGUAUCAACCAUCUCCACCCAUAAGCUAUUAUCCGAGUCUCCAUCGACUUCAACUGACCAGAAGAAGCUUCAAACUAAGCCUUCGAAAUCAGCAGUUGAUGAAUGGGUUGAGAGGUUGUUGGCUCUGGUUUCUUCAGACAUGCCAGAUAAAUGCUGGGUGGGUGUAGUUUUGAUUGGAGUAACUUGCCAAGAAUGCAGCUCGGAUCGUUUCUUUAGUUUAUACUCUGUUUGGUUUAACAGUUUACUAUCACUUAUUAAGAAUCCAGAGAGUUCUAGAAUUGUUCGAGUGGCUUCAUGUACUUCAAUCUCUGAUCUCCUUACAAGGCUGUCUAGAUUCACGAAUACUAAGAAAGAUGCGGUUUCACACGCUUCGAAAGUAGUCUUGCCGAUUAUUAAACUAUUGGAGGAGGAUUCUUCAGAAGCACUAUGGGAAAGCAUUGUCCAUCUGCUGAGUACAAUUGUUAUCUUGUUUCCUGCUGCCUUCCACACUAGUUAUGACAAGGUUGAAGCAGUUAUUGCCUCCAAAAUAUUUUCUACGAAAACCAGCUAUAACAUGUUAAAGAAUUUUGCCCACUUUCUAGCAUUGCUCCCAAAAGCAGCUAAUAAAGGCGAUGCAGGCAGCUGGUCCUUGUUGAUUCAGAAGAUGUUGAUAUCUAUAAACGAACAUUUAAAUAAUUUUUUCCAAGGUUUAGAAGAAGAAACAGUAGGGAAAAAAGCAAUCCAAAGAUUGGCUCCUCCUGGUAAAGACUCUCCUUUGCCGUUGGGAGGUCAAGAUGGGGCUUUGGAUGAUGCAUCGUUGAACUCUGAACAGUUGAUUGUAUCCAGAGUUUCUGCACUUAUGUUCUGCAGCUCAACGAUGCUAACUAGCUCGUACAAAUCCAAGCUUAAUGUUCCAGUUGCCUCAUUAUUAUCCCUCGUUGAGCGAGUGCUGGCGGUGAAUGGCUCUCUACCACGAGCCAUGUCACCUUUCAUGACAGGGAUCCAACAAGAAUUGGUUUGUGCAGAACUUCCGAUUUUGCAUUCUUCGGCUCUGGAACUCUUGCGCGCUACUAUAAAGUGCAUACGCAGCCAACUUUUACCCUAUGCUGCAUCUGUGGUCAGACUUGUCAGUAGUUACUUCAGGAAAUGUUCAUUGCCAGAAUUGAGGAUAGAGCUCUACUCAAUCACUAAAACCUUACUCAAAUCCAUGGGCGUAGGAAUGGCAAUGCAACUGGCAAAUGAAGUUGUAUCUAAUGCCUCUGUGGAUCUAGACCCGACUAGUUUAGAUGCGGUAUCUAGCAAAACCCCAUCGCUUACAAAUGGUGCUCUUCUUAAGGGCUGCAGUAAAAAAAGGAAGCAUGCAUCUAAUUCCAGUGCCGAGGCAGAGAACUCUGCUGUUGAAGUGGGAGUCCCUCAUAAUCACUCAAGUAGCCCGGUUUCGUUGAAGAUAGCAGCUCUUGAGGCACUAGAAACUCUUCUCACCAUCGCUGGUGCAUUGGGACUGGGUAGCUGGAGAGAACGUGCUGAUAAUCUUCUAAUGGCCACAGCAACAAGUGCUUGUGAAGGGAGAUGUGCCAAUGCGGAAACCUACCACUAUUUACCCAAUAAGUCGUCUACGGAUCUUGUUGAGUUUCAGCUUGCAGCACUCCGUGCCUUUUUGGCAUCUCUUGUUUCUCCAUCACCAGUACGCCCUGCGUUUUUAACUGAAGGACUUGAGCUUUUCCAAAGAGGUAAGUUUCACGGGGAGAUGAAAGUAGCUCAGUUCUGUGCUCACGCUCUCAUGUCUCUUGAAGUUGUCAUACAUCCGAGGGCACUUCCACUUGACGGUUUCCCAUCAUUGAGCAGCCAAUUCCCUCAAAGCAAUUCUCUGGCCAGCCAGAAACACAACACACCUGGUCUGAACAAGUUGAAGGGUCUUGCUAGCGAUGGGGAUGCUGUAUUUAACGAAUGGCUGGCAGACGUGGAUGUUCCAGCUAACAGCGAGGUUCAGAGAAGUGUAGACACUACUCUACCUCUCCCAGAAACCAAAAGAUUGAAACUUGGGAACAAUUUGGUUGGACCAGGGAAUGUUCAACAAGCUGAUGUUCCUAUGAAGGUUCCUGAAUCUCUAGGACAUGUUUCAGACAGAGAUGAUAUGGUUUCUGAAGAAGGUUAUCAAGAAGUAGUGAGUGAGACUCAAGGAGAGGCUUUAGCGGCUACGGAUAGUUUGAUGGAGGAAGCAGGAAUUGGUAAGAAGCAAGAGUCUGCUUUAGGUGAAUCUGAUGAUGAUUCUAUUCCAAGUCUUAAGGCAGAUGAUUAUCUCUCUUCUGAUUCUGAUAUUGAAUCUUAAUGCAAGACAAAAUACUUCACCAAUCUGUCUUAAGAGUAUCUUUUUGUUUCUUAAGUUAAAGUUUUAUCAUCUUGAUGUUGUUUAAGUUUACUAUGUUUUAAACAAUUUUGAUAUUUUCA